AUGAUCCGUUUUCCCGCAGUUCCAGCAAGUCAACUUUACUGGACCCCACCUUGUCACUUGCGCCUCUUCACAGACUUCUGCCUCCUCAUCGCUUCUCGACAGAUCCUGCGCGACCUCACUGACGUUCGCUCCUCGGCCAAAGGACACCGCAUUUGCGCUGCAGGAAUUCGACUCGGAACACGAAAUCCUCUACGGUCACCUUAUUGGCGUCGCCAUCGAAAGUCACGUCCCACUUCUCGACUCGGCCCCACCGAGGCCACGAUCGGUAAUGGGACGACUGUGGAUGCUGCUCCUCACGUGGGCUGCUGGUUGUUCUCCCACCGGAUCUUCUAUUCCCGCUACGACCCGUACCUUGCUGUCUCGUUAUCGGGUUUAGCCAAUUUUGAGCCCGAUGAUCACCCCGUCGAUGCUGGUCUGCAGAUGCCGUCGCCCCUACUCCUGAAGACGGCUCCGGACCAUUCCCAUCGUGCCCCGACCGUGACAAACGUGGUUUUGGUGGCGGUAUGGCCGCUUCAGUCGAACUCGACGGCUUCCUCUUCGAAUAGUUAUUUUUAGAGGAGGACACUUGACUAGCCGGGACCAACAACCGCUCCAGUUUCUGCGCUCCACUUGACAGUCGUCCUACGGAUACACUACAUUCACAAAACACCCCUUUUGUGCGACUUGUCGCCUACACUAGUCAUCACUUUGAGUGAUGGCCGAUAAGCGAGAAGCCUCACGGUGCACCAGUUCAACUUUCUUGUGCCUUGUCCCCGCCAUCCAUCCUACCGAUUUGCCGUGACAGCCGAUGCAUCGCGGACUGUCUUUACAACACCCGGGCCACCGACUCCUCACAACAUCUCGGCGGACAGACAACCAAACCAAAACACGAA